UAUCGUCAUUAAACCAGGUCCUCUGAGCUCAGGAUGUUCUCACCCAGUACUGUCCUGUUUGUUCUGUAGCAGGUCGGUCUGGACUCCGUUCCUCAUAUAAACUCAUUAUCAUUAUUAUUAUUGAAAGAAGAAGAUGAUGAAGAGGCAUAACAGAGUAUAAGAGGCAGGCGUCUGCCGCUCAUCUGCAGAAGGAGAGACUUCCGCAGACGGACAGAAAGAACGCAGAGGGUUCAUGGGUCAGAUCUCCUUUCUGCUGCUAUGAGUCCUCAGGCCUGGAUCUUCUGCACUCUUCUGUGCGUCCUCACUUGUGAACGGAGCAAGAGUGCACACAAAGGGCCCGUCCUGAGCCGAAAGCGGAGACUGGUAGAGGACACAGCCGAUGGGGCCCCAAGAAAGUGCUCUUAUACAUUCUUGGUCCCAGAGCAGAAGAUCACGGGGCCGAUCUGUGCCAGCCAGGGCCCUUCUCUGCCAGAUAGAGAGCGCGUGGUGCAGUCGGAUAUAGCUGACGUCCGGGAGCUCCUGACCAAGCAGAGACGUGAAAUGGACACGCUGCGGAUGAUCGUAGAUGUGGAUGGAAACAUGGUUAACGAAAUGAAACUUUUACGCAAAGAGUCGCGCAACAUGAACUCCCGGGUCACCCAGCUGUACAUGCAGCUGCUGCAUGAAAUCAUUCGCAAGCGUGAUAACUCGCUGGAGCUGGCUCAGCUGGAGGGACGGAUCCUCAACAGCACGGCCGAGGCCCUGCGGCUGUCCGCCCUCUACAGGGAGCUGGAGGUGCGCUUCUCCGCGCUGGCCACGCUGGUCAACAACCAGUCGCUGCUGAUCGCGGCCUUGGAGGAGCGAUGCCUGCAGGUGUACAGGAAUCACCGCCGAGAGCCGCUGCCUCCACCUCUUGUGCAGGUCGUGCCUGAGAACAUCCCGGUGUACGUGCCUCGCUUCUCCAACGAGAUCCAGAGGAGUCAAGGCUGGCCCUUUUCAGAGGACAGGAGCCCCAGAACAGCUCCGGCACCGACGGGAGGUUCUCUUCAGGGUAACGUCAGCCUGGAGGGUCCCUUUCGGGACUGUCUUCAGGUGAUGCAGGCUGGACACUCCACCAGCGGGACGUAUCUUCUGAAGCCGGACGGGACGGAGACACCUGUACAGGCCUGGUGUGAGCAUGACGUGGACAGAGGAGGCUGGACGCUUAUCCAGAGGAGGAAAGAUGGAUCUGUCAACUUCUUCAGAAACUGGGACAGCUAUAAGAAAGGCUUUGGGGACGUGGACGGUGAGCACUGGCUGGGUCUGGAGAACAUCUAUAACCUGGGCAAACAGGAGGACUACAAGCUGCUGGUGGAGCUGGAGGACUGGAUGGGGAAGAAGGUUUACGCGGCCUACAGCAGCUUCCACCUAGAGCCCGAGAGCCAGUCGUACCGUCUGCGUCUGGGAACCUAUCAGGGAAACGCCGGGGAUUCACUGACCAGUCAUAACGGCAAACAGUUCACCACGCUGGACCACGACAACGACGCCUUCUCAGGUAACUGCGCUCAUUUCCACAAGGGCGGCUGGUGGUACAGCGGCUGCGGUCAGGUCAAUCUGAACGGCGUCUGGUACUCCGGAGGAGUCUAUCGCAGCCGCUUUCAGGACGGCAUAUUCUGGGCUGAUUAUGGAGGAGGGUUUUACUCCAUGAAGUCUGUGCGUAUGAUGAUCAGACCCAUCGACUGAAGCCCGGCUGACUGACUUUAGCACCAGUUUGUAUGAGUAAUAUUACAAUUUAUAAAUGAUAUGACAGAGAAAUGAAGAAUGUACAGUUACAGAUGAAUGUGUAAUCACCAUUUUGUAAUUAAAAUGAUAUCAGUC